AUGAUUACGAGGUCAUUACCUAAUUCAAAUCCUACAUUCCAUGAUAUGUUUAACAUCGUCCACAUUGAUGAAAAAUGGUUUUACAUAUCGAAAUCAUCAAAAAGGUACUACCUCGUUCCCGGCGAGGACGAACCAUCAAGAACAUGUAAAAGCAAAAAAUUCAUUACAAAAGUCAUGUUUUUAGCAGCUGUUGCUCGGCCACGAUUUGAUGCAUUUGGAAAUGAAAUUUUUUCCGGAAAGAUUGGAAUCUUCCCACUUACAACAAGAGAACCCGCUAAGCGUUCAAGUAAGAACCGUGUUGCGGGAACGUUAGAGACAAAACCGAUUUUAUCGGUUACUAAAGAGAUAACAAGAUCGUGGUUGAUAGAAAAAGUUUUACCCGCUAUAAAAGCUAAAUGGCCACCAAACCAUACGGGUCCAAUAUUCAUUCAACAAGAUAAUGCAAAGCCUUAUAUUGAUGUUAAUGAUAGUGAGUUUAUUGAAGCAUCGUCUCAAGAUGGAUUUGAUAUUCGUCUUUGCUUUCAACUCCCAAAUAGUCCAGAUUUAAAUGUGUUAGAUCUUGGAUUUUUUUCGGGCGAUUCAAUCCCUUCAAGAGCAAGAGGUUCUUCAUACGGUUGA